AUGGGUUGGUUAAUAAGGGAAGAUAGAAGCGGUUCGUCAUGGAAGCUUGGUUGGACAGAACGAACUCUUGCCUCGUUAACUGCACCACCUCUUCCUCUGUUGGCAAUCGUCGGAAUCGUUGUCGUUUUGCUGUCCGUUUCCUCUUACGCAAACUACAAGUCUCAGAUGCAGAAGACGGUUAUCGGGUUCAGGCUUUUCCUCCUGUUGUUGCCGUUGGUUCUGAUCUUUGUGGCCCACUCGGUGACCAAAUACGGCACCGUUUUGGUGGUGAGGCCGAGGACAAAGCAUGAAGCGGUCUCGGAAGGCGGCGGGACUCCGUGGGGCGUGGUGGUUCUGUUGGUUGUGCUUGCGGUGUUGAUCUCUUACCAGUCUUAUUUUCAGUCCAAGUGGUGGCCUCCUAUUUGGGGCUCCUACUAG